GCCCAUGACAUUAAUAUUGUCGCCCCAAAAAGGAGUUUCGUACUUCCUUCUACGCUUGAAACUCUCCAACCCGCUUAUCCUCGUAUCGCGGAGAUCUCAUGUACGCCCCAUUUCUUGCUCUGGGUUCCUAGAUUUCUGCGACCCCCAUAGAAAUCCGCCCCAAAUCGGAAGGGUUCACAGAGUCCGACAAGCUUUUACAUAGGAUUUGGGUGUGUCUUUGAUUCUUGCCCGUCAUGAAGGUGACAGUGGUGUCCCGCGGUGGGAGAGAAGUCAUCAAGGGAGGGUUCGACCUCAAUGACUCGGCUACGGUAACUGAUUUGCAGGAGGCAAUACAUAAGCGAACCAAGAAGUUCUACCCAUCAAGGCAGCGGCUCACACUGCCCAUCCCACCUGGGUCGAAGGACCGCCCCAUCGUCCUCCACUCCAAGAAGAGCCUCAAGGAAUACUCUGAUGGAAACUCUGGAAAUCUAACAGUAGUCUUCAAGGACCUGGGCCCGCAGGUCUCAUACCGAACACUCUUCUUCUGCGAGUACUUGGGCCCGCUGCUUCUCUACCCAGUGUUUUACUUCUUCCCUGACGUGUACUGCUUCUUCGGCUACUCAGUCAGUUCUGUGACCCAUCACCCGGUUCAAACGUAUGCCCUCUACUACUGGUGCUUCCACUACUUCAAGCGAAUCAUGGAGACCUUCUUUAUUCACCGCUUCAGCCAUGCAACUUCUCCUAUCUCCAAUGUCUUUCGAAACUGUGCUUACUACUGGACCUUUGGGUCGUACAUUGCCUACUAUGUGAAUCACCCUCUUUACACUCCCGUGAGUGACUGUCAGAUGAAGAUCGGGUUCGGUUUCGGGAUGCUCUGUCAAGUUUCGAACUUGUACUGCCAUAUCAUUCUGAGGAAUCUCCGGGGCCCUGACGGAAAUGGAGGGUACCAAAUCCCCAGAGGAUUCUUGUUUAACAUCGUGACUUGUGCGAAUUAUACGACGGAGAUUUAUCAGUGGCUGGGGUUCAAUAUCGCGACUCAGACCAUCGCAGGAUACGUGUUCCUUGUAGUUGCAACUUCUAUCAUGUCCAAUUGGGCACUCAUCAAGCACCGGAGGCUGAGGAAGUUGUUCGAUGGGAAGGAAGGGAGGCCCAAAUAUCCGCGCCGGUGGGUGAUCCUACCACCAUUCUUUUAGACACGAGAGUAGCUUUAAAGAAGAAGGACGAGAGGGAUCCAAGGCUCUUCAAGAUCUAUGUUUAGUACUAGUUCUUCUCGAGCUAUGGAUGCCCUAGCAAUUUCGAAUCUAGCAAUUUCUUUUAGCUCCAAACAGCAUUCUUUUUGUUGUCGGAUUAAUUCGAGAAGUGCUUACAACCAUCUACUUGUCACGCUGGUCCUUCAGUACUACUACAAUUGGGAUCUUCUGCAAUGCGUCAUGUUUUGCUGUGAAAUGCUUGAGAAUGCUGUGCAAAUCUAAA